AAGUCAAACAAGAAUAAAUUGAUUUCUACUUUCUGAUUCCGAGAAAAGACUACUUGGCAAGAAGUUUGGAGCUAGUAUCGUGUUGUCAGUCUUGAAGUUGCUUUAAACACUCUCAUAUUAUUGACGAUCCGAAAAUGCUUUUGCCGCGGCGAACGUACUUUGCAUUAUUUGUGUUGAGCCUCUUCACGUUUUGUAAUUGUGACUAUAGUAAAAAUCCUGUACCCUUCUCGAAGUUAGCAACGUGCCAGGAAUUUGAUAUAGAUUCGAAUAGAUGCCUGCACUUUUUCCCAAUCGAAAGUAUCAAAAACUAUAAAACAAAGGAAUACAAACUGUAUUUGAAAUUUUACGUGAUGGCUUGGACCGACGCUAACAUAGUUCUUUUCGAUGGUUUUCCCAAGUGGAAAGUACGGUAUACGGUUGUUGUUGGUGGGGGCGGAGGUAAUAAAUAUUCCUGGUUGAGAGACACAAAUGACACAAUAGUGGGUCCGGAGAGCCAUUUGACCGAUAUUCUCUCACCGCUUUGGCCAACCCCUAUCAUAGUGCGGCAAAAAAUAAACGGAGAAUUGGAUAUUUCAGUCCCAGGUGUCGCGGAUCCGCUUCUGAUCACCGAUGCUUCCGAUUUGAAAGAAACAAAAUCAUUUUGCUUGUAUGCAUGGACAAACAAGAGCCGAUGGUUUUACAACUGCACUGAGGAAGAAGAUAUUUUAUUGGAUAGCGAUGAUAAUUCGACUUAAUGCGGAAAUUUACUCUUCGAAAGAAUAAAAUGAAAUGCGAAACCGGAAGAAUAUCAUCCUAAAUAUACCAAAUGUUUUUUUAAAUAAAAUGAAUAGUUGUUUU